CAACCAAGUCUCACCUUCUCUACUUCCUCAUACAAGAAAAAGAGAAGAAAAAUGAGCAUUUCACAUUCUGAAAAGCGUCAUGUGGUGUGCGUGCCAUUCCCAGCACAGGGCCACGUGAUUCCUUUCAUGCAACUAAGCAAACUUCUUCUUUGCUCUGGUUUUCACAUAACCUUUGUGAACACGGAGUUCAACCACAAGCGUUUGGUUAAGUCUCUGGGAGAAGAUUUUGUUAAGGGACAACCUGGUUUUCAAUUUGAGACCAUACCCGAUGGGUUGCCCCCAUCUGAGAAAGAUGCAACACAAAGCAUUGCAGCACUGUGUGAUGCAACAAGUAAACAUUGUUUUGAGCCUCUGAAAGAACUUGUGAAGAAGCUUAAUAGUUCAGAUGAAGUUCCCUUGGUUACCUCUAUUAUGUAUGAUGGACUAAUGGGGUUUGCUGGGAAGGUGGCAAGGGAAUUGAAUGUUGCUGAGCAACAGUUUUGGACUGCCUCAGCUUGUGGUUUGAUUGGAUACUUGCAGUUUGAUGAGGUUGUCAGGAGGGGCAUUAUUCCUUUCCAAGACAAAAGUUUCACCACAGAUGGUUCUUUGGACAAAAAUCUAGACUGGAUAUCUGGAAUGAAAAAUAUGAGAAUAAGAGAUCUUCCAAGUUUCGUGAGAACCACAACUCUUGAUGAAACCAAUUUUAUUUGCUUUGGAUUAGAGGCAAAAACAUGUAUGAGGUCAUCUUCAAUCAUAAUUAACACAUUCCAAGAAUUGGAAGACGAAGUUCUUAAUGCUCUAAUGGCCAUUAACCCAAACAUAUACAACAUUGGUCCACUUCAGUUGUUAGGAAGGCAUUUUCCUGAUAAAGAUAAUGGUUUCAAGACCAGUGGGUCAAAUCUGUGGAAAAACGACUUAGGAUGUAUCAAAUGGUUGGAUCAAUGGCAACCUUCAUCAGUGAUUUAUGUGAAUUAUGGAAGUAUUACUGUAAUGUCAGAGGAUCACCUGAAAGAAUUUGCUUGGGGACUAGCAAAUAGUAAUCUACCAUUUUUAUGGAUCAAAAGACCAGAUCUUGUAAUGGGUGAGUGUACAUCUUUGCCACAAGAUUUCUUAGAUGAGGUGAAAGGUAGAGGAUACAUAACAAGUUGGUGCCCACAAGAUGAAGUGCUUUCUCAUCCAUCAGUUGGGGUUUUUCUAACUCAUUGUGGCUGGAAUUCUACAGUUGAAGGUAUAUGUGGGGGUGUGCCUAUGAUUGGUUGGCCAUUCUUUGCUGAACAACAAACAAAUUGCAGAUACAUAUGCACAAAUUGGGGAAUAGGAAUGGAUGUUAAAGAUGAUGUGAAAAGAGAGGAGGUCACAACACUUGUGAAAGAAAUGAUAAUGGGAGAAAAGGGGAAGAAGAUGAGGCAAAAGUGUGUAGAGUGGAAAAAGAAAGCAGUACAAGCCACUGCUUUGGGAGGAUCAUCUUAUAAUGAUUUCUACCGGUUACUGAAGGAAGUUCAUCACCAUGAUGCUAUCUGAGUGUUUCGACAUGUUGGACAAUGUUUUGAAGGAAGUUGUGCGAUUUGAUGGAAAACGUUAAUAUUGGUCAAUAUUGCAAAUAAUAUUCUUGAAUAAGGAUUUGUGUGGAUUUAUUUAAUGAUUGUUUCUGCUAUUUAUAUUAUUGUGUAAUUAUGUACUUUCAAUUGAAUGUAAGUGU